AUGCCGCCUCGUGAAAAAAGCUCGCUCAAACGGGGAAGAGUCAACCCCGAAACGGACUCGCAAGACCAGAAGAAACCCAGGCGCUCUCAAAGAAUAUCGAGCCAGCAACAACUGGAGACGCCGGUGGACCAUGACUAUCUCCCCACCCCGCUGACCCAUGCCAACUCGACCGCUACAGACAUCCGCAAAGAACUCACUGCCACUCCGCCGGACAGCCCGAGUCAAAACCUCGAAUCGCAGGCGGUGUCAUCCCCACCUGGUGAUACCCAGGCUCUCUCGCAAUUUGUGUACCCCCCAAGGGCUUUUGCGGACGAGGUCGACGAUGAGAGUGCCGAGGGAGUGUGGGGAUACCUCCUCCCGCUGGAUGACAACGUGAGCGAUCCGUUCGUUCUGAAGAAGCGUGAUAGCUGCAAUGGGCGGGAACGGGCUCCUAAGAAGGGUCAGGCUCCUGGUGGUUACCUGGUCGGCCGUCACCCCGAGUGUGAUCUGGUGAUCAAUAUCCCAACCAUUUCAAACCGACACUUCCUCCUCUUUUCGGAGAAACGUAAGGGAGAUGUUGUUGCUAUGCUAGAAGAUCUUUCGAGCAAUGGUACCUUUGUCAACGACGCUAUAGUGGGACGAAACAAGCAUCGCGAGCUUGAAGAUGGUGACGAAGUGUCCAUUUUGAAUGAAGCCCGCUUUGUCUUCCGCUAUCCUCGCACACGAGACACGCAUGGUUUCCGCCAGCAGUACCGGAUCCUGCAACAACUCGGAAAAGGCCAUUUUGCGACUGUUUACCUCUGUGUUGAACGGGCGACUGGAAAGCAGUUUGCCGUCAAAAAGUUUGAGAAACGUCCUGGAGACUCCCAAAAGAAUCAAGGCGAGGCAUUGCAGCAAGAAAUUGCUCUCCUGAUGGGUGUCAAUCACCCGAAUCUGCUCUGUCUAAAGGAUACCUUUGACGAAGCUGAUGCAGCUCAUCUCGUUUUGGAACUUGCUCCCGAAGGCGAACUGUUCAACCUGAUUGUGAACAAACAAAAACUGAGCGAGGCUGAGAGCCGUCAUCUCCUCCGCCAACUCCUCGAGGGCUUGAAAUACUUGCAUGACCGAGGAAUCGUUCAUCGCGAUAUCAAGCCGGAGAACAUCCUUCUUGCAGACAAGAAAAUGACUGUCAAGUUGGGUGAUUUUGGGCUUGCGAAGAUCAUCGGCGAGGAUUCAUUCACAACCACUUUGUGUGGCACACCAAGUUAUGUGGCACCCGAAAUCCUGCAAGAGACAAAACAGCGACGCUACACCAAAGCCGUGGACGUCUGGUCAUUGGGGGUUGUUCUUUAUAUCUGUCUUUGCGGAUUCCCACCCUUCUCGGAUGAACUGUAUACCCCACAGAAUCCGUGGACACUUGCCCAACAGAUCAAGAUGGGACGAUUCGACUACCCAUCUCCAUACUGGGACUCCGUGGGAGACCCUGCACUGGAACUAAUCGACCGAAUGCUUACCGUCGAUGUCGAGAAACGCAUCAGCGUGGACGAGUGUCUCGAACACCCAUGGCUCACCGAGAAGUACCCCAGCGUCAACGAUAGUACCGAUGGGCUGACGGGCGCACUCGGCAAGCUUGAUUUCUCCAAGCGCAAGGUUGAGCGCGAACGCACUUUGUUAAGUAGUGUCAAUGCGGCUGAUUUCAGUGAGCAUGUCGAGAACGGCGCUACCCCGAUCAAGGUAUUCCGCAAGAAUGAGGCUGGAAAGCGUGUUCACAACCGCCCAGCCAAGGUUUCUCGUCGUGAACCUUCUCCGGGUGACAAUAGUGGCCCUCGAGACUUCGCUAACCUCGGCGCUCGAGGAGAUCCUGCAUUGUACGAAGAGUAA